AUGCAGUCGAGCCCGAGCCCAUCUUCCGGCAAGCAAGCGGCGUUCUCGGACGAAUGCUGGUCCGAGGACGCCUCCGACACCGAAAACUUCGUCAAAACCCUCUACCGAAUCCGAGGGAAGGGCGUCCGGCCCGACCACAUCGCCUCAAUCAUCACACACUACGCCUCCAAAUGCCUCCCCGCCCUAGCCGGCGACGACGACACUCAACCCGCCGCCGGCAGCGGCGCGGCGGCGUCGCGGCGGAAGAAGAGGCGCUUCAUCGAGACUCUGGUCGGAAUCCUGCCUCAGGAGAAGGACUCCGUCCCCUGCGGCUUCCUGCUGAGGGCAAUGCGCGUCGCGGGCGAGGCCGGGACCGAGGCCGGCUGCCGCGAGGAGAUCGAGAGGCGCGCCGCGCGGCAGCUCGACCAGGCUCCACUCAAGGAGCUGGCGGCGCUGGACUUCGAGGCGGUGGUGCGGCUGGUGAGGAGGUUCUUGAGCGAGGAGGAAGUUUCUAGAAGCGGGGCGGCGCUUAGCAAAGUGGCUAGGCUCGUCCAUAGCUACCUUGCCGAGGCGGCGGUUGAUCGGAAUCUGACGCUGCCGCAGUUUGUUGCUCUAGCUAGCGCCGUCCCGUGCCAUGCACGCGCCACCGAUGAUGGGAUUUAUCGCGCCAUCGAUAUAUACAUCAAAGCACACCCAGGAUUGUCAAAGCAAGAGAGAAAGAAUCUAUGCAUGUUAAUGGAGAGCAGAAAGCUAUCGACAGAGGCAUGCCUCCACGCGGCUCAAAACGAGAGGCUCCCGGUCCGGGCGGUCAUCCGGGUGCUCCUGUCCGAGCAGGACAAGCUGAGCAGACACAUCGACUGGAGCGGGUCCCUGGCCGGGCCUCGCAUCCCGGGAGUGGGGUUAGCCGCUCCAGUCCGGUGCCUCUCGAAGCGCGAGGUGAGGCAGCAGAUAGAGAUGAGGAGGCUCAAGGAGGAUGUGGCCAUUCUACAGAGGCAGUGCCUGAUCAUGGAGAGGCAGAUUGAGAAGUUGUUGGAGAAAAAGAAGGGAUAUUUCAGCUGGAAGAGGCUCGGUGGCGCCGUGUUCAAGGCGAGUAAGAUCGGCGAAACUGUUGUCGGAGCGAGUUCGCCCUUUCACAGUGGCGGAUCCAGAACAUAACCUUUUCUUGGGGGACAGAUCAAGAGAGGAGAGAAGGAAAAUGAUUUUUUUUUAUUUACUCUAACUAGGGGUAAAAUUGUUAUUUUUCUAUGCAGGUUAAGAAACAUAAAACAAUCUCGUUUGACAGUUUACUCUUCGUUUUUCCUUUGGGGGUUAUGCCGUUUCCAGCUGACCCAAUAUGGAAAAACUAGGCCGUCUUAAUGGGCCGGGAAGCGAAUGAUCUAAAGUUGUCGAGGCCCUUGUUAGUAAAGUUGCAUACUUUGUUCAAUUGUUCAAUCGCAUACUCAUAAGUUCAUAACAA